AUGCAAUUGAAGAAAUUCUCACUCGCAGCUGGUCUGCUACUCUCCAUGUCCUCUCAAGCCCAACAGACUACUAUCUACAGCGGCACAGGCUUUGGCACAUAUUACUACGACAUGAAACAGGUCGAUGUGUGCGGUACAUCAUUCGCUUCCCAAAACACAGGCCCAGUUAGAUGUCAAACGUCAGAUCUGUCGCUAGACGCGCUCAAUUCAAACUACGUCGUGGCCAUGAACAACACCCAACUCGGGGAGCAGCUGGCCCUGUACUGCGGCAAGAAAGUGGCCAUUACCUCUGUGAAUGGGCAGUCAGUCUCGAUGGAUCUGCCCUUGUUUAUCGGUGAUGGCUGUCUUCGUUGCUCGGAGGGAUCGGCUGCUGAUUAUCAAACGUGGGAUUCGAAUGGUGCUCCGGGACUGGAUUUUAGUUAUUCGAUUCUUGACCAGUUGAGUGGUGGGAAUGCGUGUCAGCAUGGGCAUUUUUCGAUUACGUGGGAGAUAGUGGAUGAGCAGUUGUAUGAUUUUGAUACAAAUACUGGAACUACUACAACUCCGGCUUCAGCUUCAGCUCCAGCUCCAACUUCAGUGCCAACUCCGCCGCCAGCUCCAGCAGCUCCAAAAGCUGGAGGAGGGGAAGGAGAAGGAGGAGCAGCACAAGUUAGGCCAGUAACAGCCCCGGUUCAAUACCAAAACUUCGACAAAGUCGCCGCUGCACCUACAACGCUGAUAACCACGCAACCACCGGCUACGACAACCACGACAAACCCCGGCACAUGUUCAUCAGGAGCGUGGCAGUGCAGUCCCAACGGUUCCGUUCUCGAGCAGUGUAUCAGCGGCACUUGGGCUCCUCGGGCUACCUGUGCUGCUGGGGAAGUGUGUCGAGGUGGUGGUGUGCCUUACUGCGCUGCGCCUGGAGUUGGUCAGGCUGCGUCUUAG